AUGCGUGCGGCUUUGUGCUUGCACUUCCCCGUCCCACAACUACUUCCCAGACAGUCCCGUCGCCUCGAGGAACCCCUUCUUCCUUUCUGCAACGUCCCCUUAGGCUGCAAUCCUCACCUCGCUCCCGGGAGAGUAAGUCCCAUUGAAUUCAAUGGGGCUUCCUUGUGAGCACGCGCUCCCGGAGCUGCAGCGCUGCGCUCUCUUCACGAGCCUCGACCCAGUCCUCACCUCGCAUGCAUUUUCCCGAUCUUCAGCUCCUCCGGAUUUCUCCUGGCUCAGACAACCCAGCAAAGCCCUUCCUCUUCCUAGGGCUCUAAGCUCCCGUCAUGCAUUUCACACGAGACAGACAGGAAACCCGCCAGAGAGAGGUCGGGGUCGGCCUCUCGCUCUGCACGUGAGCUUCUUGCUUUUCCCCUCCGGCUGCAGAAAAAAGCCGCGCGUCCCCUUCUCCCUUUUUGCAGCGGGUGCCUCUGAAGGUAAGAGUCUCUUAGGAAACUUAAUUGCAACAUGUCUCUUUCGAUCUCUGACCUGAUCGGAGUCGUUGCCUCUCCCCGCCCCAGUAUUUCAGAUUGACAUUUUCUUUCUGAAGCGCAGUUGUUGUUUUUGGCACCGUGGCUGUUUCCUAUUUUCGGCAUUGAUUUCUUUCUUUUUUCUUUGCUUUCCGCAAGAAAAUGUCUCCAAGUGACUUGCGAAUGCCAUAAUGUAUGAAAAGAACGUGACAGUCUGAUUAAAAAGACGCAAAUAAGGAAAAUGCAACAAAUGCCCCUAAAGGAUUGCUCAAGACCAUGGCAGAUUUCAAUAAUAAUAAUAAUAAUAAUAGUAGUAGUAGUAGUAGUAGUAGUUGUAGUAAUAGUAAUUUAUUUAUACCCCGCCCUCCCUGGCCAGGGCCAGGCUCUUGUGUGUUUUUUUGGAAACCUGUAUCUUAUAUUGUGAAGACAGGAGUGCCUGGCGUGCUCUGGUCCAUGGGGUCACGAAGAGUCGGACACGACUAAACAACAGCAACAAAUCUUAUAUUGUAUUUCAUUGUGUUGGCUAUGUCUGAAACAAGAGGAAGAACAAGCACACUAGUGGCCAAAAUUGUGGAAACCUUUUGGGAAAAGGGUAUUUCUGAGGUUUGAUGACUUGAUAGCACCACUAUUUGGGGGGGGGGGGAGUAAUACCAUAAAACUAUAUAUCAAUGGGAAGAUAAUUUAAUGACGAAUGUAAUGCAACAAAGUUUGUUCAAUUAUCUGUAUUUUAUCAAAUGUUAUAGCCAAAUAACCAGAAACGGGAAGCGCAAAUUGCUUAGGUUGGCAUGCAAUAGCUUUCCUUCAUUUGAGUGUAGCCAGUGAGCAUGGGCGUUUAGAGAGCCAGUCAGGUGUUAUGAGCCAUCAAUCCUCGGAAAUACACUUUUCCCAAAAGGUUUCCAGAAUUUUGGCCACUAGUGUAGGUCCUCAGUGUGGAGAGGAUGGAGAAAUGCUAUUCGGUGACAAAGAGAAGGCAGAAUUACUCCGUACCUGCCUUGCCCCUGUCUUCACCCAUAGGAAAUCUGAAACAUAAAAAACUUCCCUAUACCGGGGUGUCCUCAGAUGUCUGUCUGAUGGCAGAGAGCAGAGUGCACUUUUCAGAAAAUUGUCAUAUUUCUGUCUGGUUGGGUGAGAGAGAGGGUUAGGCAUCUUUGUUGAUGGUAAAAUUUCCUUACCACCCACCGGUGCUUAUAGCUUGUGCCAUAAGUCAGCAAACUUACCGUGCCUCGGGCCGGUGUCUCCAGCGCUGAUCGCGCGGAGGGCAGGGGAGCGCGUGCCCAUAUGCGUGUGCACACGCUAUUUCUGGUGCACUUCCGGGUUGGAGGAGCACCAGAAAUAGCUUGUGCACAGGCCUCCUCCGACCCGGAUCUGCAUCGCAAAUAACGCAUGUGCAAAUAACGGUUGCGCAUGCGCACAAGCUCUUUCCGGUGCUCCUCUGACCCGGAAGUGGGCAGCCGCACAGCGCAGUGCCGGUAAGAGCGGGUGGCGGGGGUCGCCGCGGGCCAGAUAAACGAGUCCCUUGGGCCUUAUCUGGCCUGCGGGCCUUUCUUUGGGGACCCCUGGCCAUAGAACCCAUUACUGCCCACCUAGAAUCCUGAAACGCCCACUAGUGGGCGGUAGGGAUCAGGUUGAAAACCCGUGAGCUAAACCAUUCAGUAUUACAUUAUUACAUCCACCAAAACUUAUUUACAAUGCUGAAUUUAUCUUGAUGCUGUCUGUGUUUUCAAAUGUACAGAAUUUCCCCUCAUAUAUUCAAUAAACAUUUAGUUUGCUUGGUUUUCUUUUCUGCAGGUUCCACCUACCCACUGUGCAAAGACGGAAAAGAGAGCUUAUGGCACUGCAAGACAGGUAGCUGUGAGAGGUGUGCUUCGCCCCACUGUGCCUGAGAACUCAAUGCGUCCAAUUCCAAGCAUGCCAUUGCCCCAGUACAAUUCUGGGCCUGUCCGGCACCUGUGUUCUCUCUGCCGUCUGUUUCUCUGGGCUGAGAAGAGGCGCUGGGGGGCGCCUGGCGUUUGGAGGUCUUACUCCCAAGCGAGGAAGCCUGAAGGAAACCUGACGGAUCUCCAUAGCCAAGCAGGGAAAACGCACCACCUGAAAAAUAAGGCAGAGAAACAGAAACGGCAGCGGGAGAAGUUGGAGGCCAUCGAAGCUGGGCUGCUUGCUGGGUCCAAGGUGAGGCGGUGCUUGGAGGACCAGAGACGUGGAUGUCCCCACUUUGGCUAAUUAUUUAAUAGGGGAGAGUCGAGUGAGGAAGGGCCGUUGCUCAGAGGGAGAGCAUCUGCUUUGAAUGCUGAGAAUCUCCAGUUCAAUCCUCAGCAGGAUUGUUAAAAGUCAUGAUUUUUUUUUAAAAAAAAUUAAAAAACGGAUUUUUUAAAAUUUAAAUGGGAUUUUUAAAAAUUUUAAUAGGAUUUUAAAAAAUAAAAUGCUUUUCGAGGAAAAAUCUUUCUAAAGAUAGUUUUCUAUUUAAGUUACAUUAUAGUCCAAAGGCUAUUCAUCAGGAAAUAAGGGUUUGUUUUUAAUUAUGUAGCAUGAGGCUUUAUAUGCAAUGUUUAAAUUCUUCAGGAAAUGAAUUCCAUUAAUCCAUUCACAAUGGCAUGCAUUUCCAGAGGUUUCUGUAAGAUUAUUUGGGGCAGUUUUUCUAAUGAGACUAUAUUAUCUCAGAUGCUUGUUUUUGCAGUUCUCAAAAGUGUGAAAUGGUGUCUGCAGAGAUAACAUGCCUUUUCUUCAAAGGAAAAAUAUUAUAAAAUAAACAUACAGAGUUGAGGAAAAACCCUGAAUCCCUUUGUUCUUUUGCAAAUUUAUAUACACAGAAUCAACCCCUUACCUCUUAAAUGCUAAGUUCCAGGAGGUUCAAUGAAUAGAUUGUUUGGAGUGGAAUAGAUCUGCACAAGUAGAAUCAUAGAAUCAUAGAGUUGGAAGAGACCACAAGGGCCAUCGAGUCCAACCCCCUGCCAAGCAGGAAACACCAUCAGAGCACUCCUGACAUAUGGUUGUCAAGCCUCUGCUUAAAGACCUCCAAAGAAGGAGACUCCACCACACUCCUUGGCAGCAAAUUCCACUGUCAAACAGCUCUUACUGCUAAGUGUGAAGCCGUAAAAAUGAAAGUGCAACCUUGUGAGCAGAAUACUCCACAAGUCUUGGGAUCUUUGUGUAAUAAUUGUGCAAGUUUAUUAUUCCAAAAAUGAAACCUUCAUCUGGUUGUAAAUAUUAAGAUUAUGCCGGCAAGAAUGAGUAUUUCUGCAAAAAAAUAAAUAAAUAAAGUCUUACUGACUAGCUAUUUAAAUUGUGAUUUAAAUCGAAUUGAUUUAAAUCAAAUCAAAUCAAAUCUACCCUUUGUCCAUUAGUUAAUGAAUUUUGGAAACAGAUUGGUAUAGAAAUAUUGGGAAUUGUGGGAAGGAACGUGGAAAUAACUAAAUCAAUGGUUCUUAUUACCCUGAGUAGUACUGAGUUAAAAACAAAAGAGGAAUGCAAAUGGGUAAAAUUGGUAAUUGCAGUGAGACAGGUUAUAGCGAGUAAUUGGAAAAAUGCAGAAGAGCUAGGGGUGAACCAAUGGAGGAAAAAACUGAAUAAUAUUAUAAUUUUAAAAUACCUAACUGUGAAGAUACAUAAAAUGAAAGGGUUUAAGGUCAGUGAGAAAGAGGAGGAUUGGUUUGAGAAGAUGUUGAGUUAUUUGAGUAGGUUUGAACAAUUUGGGGCAAUUAAAAUGUUAAAAGUUAAAUAAACCUUGUGGAAAGAGGUUAAGGUAUAUAGAAGUGUACACAUGGUUAAUUUGAAUAUGAUACUACAGUGGUACCUCGGGUUAAGUACUUAAUUCGUUCUGGAGCUCCAUACUUAACCUGAAACUGUUCUUAGCCUGAAGCACCACUUUAGCUAAUGGGGCCUCCUGCUGCUGCCGCACCGCCAGAGCACGAUUUCUGUUCUCAUCCUGAAGCAAAGUUCUUAACCUGAAGCACCAUUUCUGGGUUAGCGGAGUCUGUAACCUGAAGCGUAUGUAACCCGAGGUACCACUGUAUUGAAUAUUAUGGAAUAUGUAUAUUAUUGAAUAUUGUAUAUCCAAUGUAUCAGCCGGCUGGGGGGUUUCACUGUUUGUGUUUUGGUGGUUGUUAAAAAAUGUAUUUUUUUUAAAAAAUCCUAUCCACCCUGAUACUCGGCCUCUCCAAGUAGGACUUGCGGAGGAAAAGGAUGAGCCCCGCCCUGGGAGCCAUCUUGUCUCUGCUGUAUUUCGCAGGAGCAGCCGCCAAGCCAAGCCAGGGGCCGAGCCUUGAAAAGCACAGUUCUGUACGACAUCCCAACCGCAGCUGGAGAAAAGAAAGGUAACAGUGGGGGGAACAGAACUCCUUGCCCUUUCCAUAGCCUCCUGCAUCUAUGUCUGUUGGGAAGCCGGCAGUUUCAGAAUGCUGGGUUCCACACCUUGUACAUUUUAUACACGCCAGUUCUGGGAUUUAAUGGAAAUACGCAUUAUUAUUAUUUUUUUGCUUUAAUAACAGGUACCCUCUGUUGCAUUCUUCCCCACAGAUACCUCGGCACCGCUGCCUGCCUCAUAUAGCCCACGCUAUGUCGAAGCUGCCUGGUAUUCCUGGUGGGUGAAGGAGGGAUUUUUUAAACCAGAGCACCAGGUAGAAAAAUUGAUGCUGUAAACAAGUGGUUUUAGGUGGGUUGUGCCGUAAACAGGCGAACCAAAGGUGUGCUGCCCUUCAGAGUUGACAGAUGGCUGAAUGGCAGAAAUGAUGACCCCAGGGGAGCACUAGAUGUAAUAAUGAAAGGGCUGAAGUUAACAGAAAAGUAGGUUUUGGUGGAGAGAUGAAGAAAAACACCUUGAUAGAAAGUUUGUCAGUGGAACCGAUGACUUACAGCUGUCAAGCAAUGACUUCUAACAUCUGUUUAACUCAGUUGCACACAAAAGCCUUCUCAGUCCUGGGAUUAGAUGGGCCUUGGAUCCUUGCCUGCAGGUCUCCCCUUACUUUUUUCUGCCAAACAUUGAAAUUAGUGGUUCUGCCAUGGUACCCUGAUGGUACAGUGGCUACCAGGCUGUUCUGACCUUGGACGCGGCUGAUUUCUCUUCCUGUUUCUCUUUCCCAAAGCACCUCUUGCCCCAUCGGAAGCCAGAAACGUUUUCGCUCUCCCUCCCUCCGCCAAACGUCACGGGGUCCCUGCACCUGGGCCACGCCUUGACCGUGGCUCUUGAAGAUGCUCUGGUACGUUGGUAAGUGAUGCUCUGCAUGGUCUUGUGGGUACCUUGCCUCCAGCAGACGAUGGCUGCCCUUCUGCUUCGUGUUUCUCGCUCAUGUAUUCAUUUUUAGAUUUAUAGCCAUCAAGCCCCUUAAGAUAUAAGGGUGAGUGGCUUGCAGCAGGUAUACAGUGGUACCUUGGGUUAAGUACUUAAUUCGUUCUGGAGGUCCGUUCUUAACCUAAAACUGUUCUUAACCUGAAGCACCACUUUAGCUAAUGGGGCCUCCUGCUGCUGUCGUGCCGCCAGAGCCCGAUUUAUGUUCUUAUCCUGAAGCAAAGUUCUUAACCUGAAGCACUAUUUCUGGGUUAGCAGAGUCUGUAAUCUGAAGCGUAUGUAACCUGAAGCGUAUGUAACCCGAGGUAUCACUGUACAAAUAUGCACGAGGGGGUCUGCAGCUCAUGAAAAAGAGCCCGUACUUUUGAUAUAAGGCAGCUUCCUUGGUUCCAAUGGGCAGUCUAAAGCAGUGGCCUCACACUUCUUUUAUCCAGACCACACUGUCAGAAUAAAAAUUUGCUCAUACCACGCUGAAUUUUCCAUUGAUAAGAAAUACAUUGGAAAACAAAAAGAAACAACUGCUAGCAGUGUUUGAGUCAUAAGAGCAUCAGCUGGUGCUCUCGCUGUCCUUUUGAAAAUAUAUUCUGCCAAUAAAAAAUUACAGUGGUACCUCAGGUUACAUACGCUUCAGGUUACAUACUCUUGAGGUUACAGACUCCGCUAACCCAGAAAUAGUGUUUCAGGUUAAGAACUUUGCUUCAGGAUGAGAACAGAAAUCGGGCUCCAGCGGUGCGACAGCAGCAGGGGGCCCCAUUAGCUAAAGUGGUGCUUCAAGUUAAGAACAGUUUCAGCAGCGGCGUAGCGUGGGUUGUCAGCACCCGGGGCAAGGCAAGUAAUUUGCGCCCCCUGACCCCUAACCUGCCGCCACUGCCAGCUUCUUCUUGCUGCUGCCUGGUCUGGUCUGGUGUGGUUCUCUCCCGCGCUCCUGCGCUGGGCGGCCGCUGCACUGUCCCUCCCCCAGAUAGUCCCUCUCUCUCUCUCCGCACCGCACGCCUGGCACCCACCCCCUCCACAGUGGGCGGCGACCCAGCGGCUCGGAUCGGAUUCGCACAGCCAGCACUGCAGUGAGAGAGAGUGAGUGAGCCAGGUAGGGGCAGAGAGCUGCGAGUGCGAGCGCCCCCCCCCAGAUGUUGCGCCCGGUGCGGCCGGCCCCCCCCUGCACCCCCCACGCUACGCCACUGAGUUUCAGGUUAAGUACGGACCUCUGGAACGAAUUAAGUACUUAACCUGAGGUACCACUGUAUCUUGAACUAUACUACACCGAAAUGUUUAAAUGUUUCUCUGAUUGUCCUUGAAUCUUCCCCGCCACACUUGCCACAUCCCCCUGCCACAUGGGUGUGGCAUGACACAUCCUUUGAGAACCACUGGUUUAGAGAGAGGGGUCCACUGUCUUGAAUGUGUCACAGCCCAAAUUACAGGGCUCCCAGAGUUCUCUUGGGGAAGCCAUGUCUGUUUAAAGUGGUAUAUUACUCUCUGUUCCUCCACCAAAUGUCAUGGUGUGGAUGUGGCAUUGGCCUGAUCCAACUUAGAACUAUUCCAGUAUUCUUAACUUUUGUACAAAAGGCUAUGUUCAGGCUAUGGAAAAUUCAUAGGUUUCAACAGGCACACCCCAUAGGCAACUGUCUCCGUCCAGGAAAUGGGGAGGCAUUAUUACAGAACAGGGACAUGUUCCAGCAAGGCAAAAGUGCUUGAGGAGGUUGCAGAUCAUGGCGUGGCCUCAGCAGUGCGCCAAGGGCUAGGCAGAGAGGGCUGGUGGGCUGAAUUUGGCCCCCUAACUUGAGGCUCUCUGCCUAUGUUGUAAAGUCUGUGCUCUCCCCCCCCCCAAUAAUCUUUAUUAGUUUUUCAAUUAGAUGCUCCACAUACACAUAUUGUUUUACAUUUAUACUUGCUCUUCAGAGCUGACUUCCCUCCUUCCUUCCUUCUGGUUUUUUAUAUCACAUAUAAUUUUAUCGCAUUAUUUUCUUCCAUUUCAUAUAUUGUUAUUCAUUUUCCAUAUUUGUCCACAGUGUAUCCAUAAACAAAUAAGUCCUCUUGUUUAUACAAUUCUUGUUGUCUGUCUGUAUUCAUUUACCACUACAGUUAGUUAUAUUAGUUUCCUUAUACAUCUUGCUUCUUAUUAUUUUCAUUAGCUAUCACUUUUCUUAAUCUUUCCUGUUAUGAGGUUUGUUUCCAAUUCUACGGUGGUUUUACUAUUUCAUCUUAUCUUUCCUAUAUACAACAUAAAUUUUCCCCAUUCUUUUUGAAAUGUUUCCUCUCCCUGGUGUUGAAUUUUCCCUGUUAGUUCGGCUAUUUCUGCAUAUUCCAUUACCUUCUGUCGCCAUUCUUCUACUCUUGGUAAUUGCUGCUGUUUCCAAACCUGGAAACAGGUUUGGGAUCUGCUUCCUCUUUAUGUUGUCUUUUUUUGGGGGGGGGGGACUAUGCUAUUUCUGGUUCUGAUCUGGCAUCAGGGCACUGUGUUUAGCAGCAGGGCAGUUGCUGAGUUCUGCGUUGUGGUCUUUCGGUGUCUUGCAGGAAAAGAAUGCAAGGCUAUAAAGUUCUGUGGGUUCCAGGGUCCGAUCAUGCUGGGAUUGCCACUCAGGUGAGAAUAAUAAUUACAUACAUACAUACAUACAUACAUACAUUUUAUUUAUACCCUGCCCUCCCCAGUCAGAGCCGGGCUCAGGACGGCUAACGCCAGUAAAAUUACAGUAAAAACAUAAUAGGGGAAAAAAACCCAAUUUAAAAUACAGGUUAAAAUGCAAUUUAAAAUGCAGCCUCAUUUUAAAAGUAGCCCAUAGAUCAAAACCAUAAGGGGAGGGAAACAUAAGGGUCAGACUGAGUCCAAACCAAAGGCCAGGCAGAACAGCUCUGUCUUGCAGGAAAGAUGUCAAGUCCCGCAGGGCCCUAAUCUCUUGUGAUAGAGUGUUCUACCAAGUCGGGGCCAGUACUGAAAAGGCCCUGGCCCUGGUUGAGACCAAUCUAACCACCUUGUGACCUGGGACCUCCAAAAUGUUGUCAUUUGUGGACCUUAAGGUCCUCUGCAGGGCAUACCAGGAGAGGCGGUCCCAGGAGCAUACCAGGAAAGGCUCCUAUCGUGUGGUUCCCCAUUCCUGACACAGAAGUAAGUCCCACUUUACCUGAUGGGACUUGGUUCCUAGCACGCCGUCUUAGGAUGGUAGCCUUAGAGAGGGAUGGAAUGAGAGUGUAGGGUUCUAGUAAAGUUUCCUGCAUGGGCUGCAUUCAGAUUCCCGUUGUUUUCUACUGUUGUCUGGCCAGGCUGUGGUGGAAAGAAGGAUCUGGAAGGAGAGGGGAGUCCUCCGAAAAGAGCUCAAGCGUGAGGAAUUCCUCCAGGAGGUCUGGAACUGGAAAGAGGAGUGAGUAUCCAAGGGACUCAGGCCAUUUGCCUUAAAUGAAGGCGGCCCUGUUUAGGGAAGUUUUUUAAUGUCUGAUGCUGUAUUGUUUUUAAUAUUCAGUUGGAAGCCACCCAGAGUGGUUGGGGAAACCCAGCCAGGUGGGCAGGGUGUAAAUAAGUUGUUAUUAUUAUUAUUAUUAUUAUUAUUAUUAUUAUUAUUAUUACAGUGGUGCCCCGCAAGACGAAUGCCUCGCAAGACGGAAAACCCGCUAGACGAAAGGGUUUUCCGUUUUUGAGUUGCUUCGCAGGACGAAUUUCCCUAUGGGCUUGCUUCGCAAGACGAAAAUGUCUUGCGAGUCUAGAGAUUUUUUUUUCGCUUUCCCCCCCCCUUUAUCUAAUCUGCUAAGACUUUAAUAGCCUUUAAUAGCCUUUUAGCAGCUAAUCCGCUAAGCCUUUAAGCCUUUAAUAGCCGCUAAACCGCUAAUAGCGCUAAUCCGUUAAGCCGCUAAUAGGGUUGCUUCGCAAGACGAAAAAACCGCUAGACGAAGACUCUCGCGGAACGGAUUAAUUUCGUCUUGCGAGGCACCACUGUAUUAUUAUGUGGGAUAGGGGGGCGGUCCAAGGAUAGAUUGAGGAGUGUGUGGAAAUUACAUAAAAUGGAAUGUGCUUAAGCUUAAGACAAGAGCAGGUUUGCUUCUUGCAUAGCAACCAAACAGAAAAACCUCCUUCUUGUUCUUUCUUUUACCUCUGUACAUAAAAGGUUUGUUUUUGUUCUGCUUUUUCUCGUGAGAUCAGGAAAGGGAACGAAAUAUUCCAGCAGCUGAAGGUGAUGGGAGCCUCAUUGGAUUGGAACAGAGUCUGUUUCACCAUGGACUCUGUGAGUAGCAGAUUCUGAAAAUGCAAAUGUGGUUUGUACGUAACAACGGGUGUUAUAGGAAUGUCAGUCUGUGGUUGAUUUCUUUGGUUGCUGAUGCCCUAUCAAGUUCUGCUUCUUUUGUACUGUCUCUACGUGAAACAAGAAAGAUAUAAAUAGGUAGCAUUUUGGAAAUUGCAAUUGUAAAUACAGUGGCACCUUGGGUUACAAACACUUCAGGUUACAAACUCGGCUAACCCGGAAGUAGUACCUCGGGUUAAGAAGUUUGCCCCAGGAUAAGAACGGAAAUCGCGCGGCAGCAGCGGGAGGCCCCAUUAGCAAAAACGCGCCUAAGGUUAAGAACGGUUUCAGGUUAAGAAUGGACCUCUGGAAUGAUUUGAGUUUGUAACCCAAGGUACCACUGUAUGAGCAAUGCUGUUACAGUUGCCAGAACAACAUAUCUUUUUCUUUUACCUCUUCAUUAACUUUGUUGUAUUAAAUCUGAAUAUAAAUAAAGGGGUGUUCUAAGGGGCAAUGGUGGACGAAAAUAAUGCAAAUUUCCGUGGACUUUGCAAGCUGAUAAUGUGCAAGCUGAUGCAGAAACGGGUGCAGACUGUGGUUUCCAUCAUUGUUGCUGCUGCUACAGACUGGCUAUAGCUGCCACCCUUGUUUCUUUGCCUCCUUCCACCAUUACCACAGCUCUUUCCUUCUUAGGGCUUCUCCCAAGCGGUGACCGAGGCCUUCGUGCGACUGCAUGAGCAGGGCUUGGUGUACCGGGAGAGGCGCCUCGUGAACUGGUCAUGCGCCUUGCGAUCAGCCAUUUCUGACGUCGAGGUGAGUGGGGAGGAGUCUGGCGGCACGCGGUGGCUGGGAGAAGGGGGUGCUCUUUAGGACUGAGGUGACUCAUGGAUGGUGUCCCUGGCAGGUGGAGAACAGGCAGCUCAAAGGACGGACGGAGCUCUCUGUGCCCGGACUCCAAGGCAAAGUGCCGUUUGGAGUCUUGGUGACAUUUGCCUACAAAGUGGAAGGAGAGGAUGGUGAGUUAACAGCAGCAAGAUAUCGUUCCUGUUGCUUAUUUUUGUAUCUUUAUUUUUGAUUUAUGUUGAAAUGGUUUGGUUUGGUUGUGUAUCUUUGAAUGUUUUAUCUACAGUUGUACCUUGGAAGUCAAACGGAAUCCGUUCCGGAAAUCCGUUCGACUUCCAAAGCGUUCAAAAACCAAAGCGCGUCUUCUGAUCGGCUGCAGGAAGCUCCUGCAACCAAUCGGAAGCCCCGUCGGAUGUUCAGCUUCCAGAAGAACAUUCGAAAACCGGAACAGUCACUUCCAGGUUUCGAUUGUUCAGGAGCCAAAAUGUUCGAUAACUAGGCUGUUCGAAAACCAAGGUACAACUGUAUUGUGUUAUGACUAUUUUUGUUAUUUUGUAAUGGUGUAUUUUUUAUGUUGUAAGCCACCCUGAGCUGUGGAAAGGUGGCCUACAAAUAGUAGAAUCAUGGAGCAAAGAGGAAGCUGAUAAUAACCCAGAUAUGAACUUGAAUGGGGACAGUUUAAGGUCAGCUAUGUUCACUGCUAUUUUCAGUGUUUUGAUUUUGAGUUUCCAUCUGUUUCAAUCGUGUUAGCCUCUUUCAAGGCUUCCGUUACAUAUAAACAAACGGAAGGCUGUCGUCACAUUUGCAAUCCUGCCCUUCCUCCUAAGAAACUCAAGGUAGCCACACUGGGGGCGAGGUGAGCCUACCUGCUUUUUAACCUUGCAACAGCCCUGAAAGGUAGGUUAGUGGAGAGAUUUUGGUUCAAGAUCACUGUGCUUCACAGCUGAGAGAUGCGAAGGACCCUUAUCUCCCUGGUCCAAGGCUUUGUCUGCGGCAUCGAAUGCUGUCGGGUCCAGGUUGAGACACGCUAUCUUUUCAUAGACGUGGAAGAUACCCUCCCAGCUGUGUUUUACAGGGAAAGUCAGUUCUUGGGACUCUUGGAUGUUUCAGUUGGCAACCUAUUGAUAAAAAAACCCUCAGAAUCUCUUACAAUUGCUUGGUUCUCUUUUGUUACCAUAUUUUUCGCUCCAUAGGGCGCACCGGACCAUAGGGCGCACCUAGUUUUAAGGGGGGGGAAUUUCCCCACCCCCCACCCCCAAAGAGCAAAGAAGCCAAGACAGAUGUCUUUAGCCAUGCGCAACCUCUCCAGCUGGGAGAAGCUGCUCGCGGCUUUGUUUUUAGCUGCGGGGCUGGGACGGGGAAAGCCCGAGCUUCCCCCAACCCCAGCCCCCAAAACAGGCAGUUAUCCGCAAGCCUUCAGAGCCCAGUGGGAACUCCCGCCAUGCUCAGAAGGCUUGUGGAUAGCUGCCUGAAGCCUGGAGAGCGAGAGGGGUCGGUGCGCACCGACCCCUCUCGCUCUCCAGGCUUCGGCGAAAGCCUGCAUUCGCCCCAUAGGACGCACACACAUUUCCUCUUCAUUUUUGGAGGGGAAAAAGUGCGUCCUAUAGAGCGAAAAAUACGACAAUUAACGGGAAGAGAUGCAGCUUGGCUAUUGGGCAGUGUAAGAUAGCAGGCCAAGAUUUUGCUCAGUUGGGUUAAAGUUGGAGGAGGCCUUAUGGUGAAAGGGUGUGUAAGAAAUCCAAUAAGUAAAUAAGGCAGCAUAAAUGGACAUCCCAUUCUCCUCACAUGGCUACAUCCUUUUUUCCCCACCUUGUGUGCUGACAACCCCACAGGAACGCUACCUUUCUGACUAAAACACCUUUGUUUCCCCCCGUCUGGUCUCUGCUUCCUUUGACUGAGGGCAGGCGAGGAACUUCCUGUGGCCACAACCCGUCCGGAGACUAUGUUGGGAGACGUGGCGGUCGCUGUCCAUCCGGACGACCCGCGGUAUAGAGUAAGACUUCUCCACCCUGUUCUCCCUUCCGAUGGGGCCAUGGAACCGUAGUCACUAGUCAGGGGCGCAGGACAAAUGGGAAUGCCUGGACACAAAGCAUAGCAAGGCCCAGCUUGAAAUAAUAAUAAUAAUAAUAAUAAUUUUUAUUUAUACCCCGCCCUCCCCAGCCAAGGCCGAGCUCAGAGCGGCUUACAAGCAAUAAUAAAAACAAGAUGAAUGAUUAUAACUUAAAACAAAAAUAAAAUACAACAUUAAAAUAAUGGAACAUUAAAAUAUUAAAAUGUAGCCUCAUCGCAGGAGUAGAAGGAAAAGAAAAAAGAGAGGGAGGGAGGGAAUCAAAUUGGCUCCAAGCCAAAGGCCAGGCGGAACAACUCUGUCUUACAGGCCCUGCGGAAAGAAAUCAGAUCCUGCAGGACCCUGGUCUUAUGAGACAGAGCCUUCCACCAGGCCGGAGCCAGUGUUGAAAAGGCCCUGGCUCUGGUUGAAGCCAGUCUAACUUCCUUAGGGCCCGGGACCACUAGGGUGUUGCUAUUUAUGGACCUUGAGGCUCUCCGUGGGGCAUACCGGGAGAGGCGGUCCCGUAGGUACGAGGGUCCUAGGCCGUGAAGGGCUUUAAUGGUCAAAAGCAGCACCUUAAAUCUGACCCUGUACUCCACCGGGAGCCAGUGCAGCUGGAAAAGCACUGGGUGAAUAUGCUCCCAUGGCAGAGACCCCAUGAGGAGCCUCGCUGCAGCAUUCUGCACCCGCUGGAGUUUCUGGGACAGCUUCAAGGGCAGCCCCGCGUAGAGCGAAUUACAGUAGCUAAGCCUGGAGAUGACCGUCACAUGGAUCACUGUGGCCAGGGUGGGGUGGGAAAGGUAAGGGACCAACUGCUUGAUGCGGCGAAGGUGGAAAAAUGUCGCCUACAGCGAUGCAUACAGCGGUACCUCGGGUUACAGACGCUUCAGGUUACAGACUCCGCUAUCCCAGAAAUAGUACCUUGGGUUAAGAACUUUACCUCAGGAUGAGAACAGUAAUUGUGCGGCAGCAGUGGGAGGCCCCAUUAGCUAAAGUGGUACCUCAGGUUAAGAACAGUUUCAGGUUAAGAACGGAUCUCCAGAACGAAUUAAGUUCUUAACCCGGGGUACCACUGUAUUGGCUGGCAGAGGCCUUUGGGAAACGAGAUGUGAAACCUGACAUGGACAGCCUGUGACAGAUUAAUUUCAUGCAGCCCAAAAAAAUGGGGUGCAGAGGAGAGAGAAAGAGAGAGAGAGAGAUGGGAUAGCACACACAGAGCAAGAGAGAUGGAGUGGGAUAGAGAGCUUGUAUAAUCCUGCAACCCAUCAUUGACAGCAGACCUGACUAAAUUUUCCUAUGAGUCAACAAACAUUCCUAUGAAAACAGUUUCCCACUCGGACUGCGUGGCUUAAUUUGAGUUAGAUGCUGUUGUGCCACAAAAUCUCUACCUACCUUGGGUUGUAGGCCUGUGCGUCUCUGCCUCUCUCUCUCUCUCUCUCACUCACUAGCUGAGUGGUAGAAUUACAGUAUUGUUUUGCCCAGAAAUAGAAGGAAGAAAAAGUCCCAACCAAAGGAAGAUUGGAUAACCAAGAUGAUGGACUUUGCCAAAAUGGCAAAAAUCAAGAUCAGACACCAAGAUGAGGAGAAAUUCAGUGAAGAGUGGGAAAAUUUUAUAGAGUAUCUUAAAGAUCACUGUAGAUAUUUAAAAACAUUAGCAAGAUGGCUGAAGGCAGCCCUGUUCAGGGAAGUUUUUAAUGUGUAACAUUUUGAUGUAUUUUUAAUCUUUGUUGGAAGCCACCCAGAGUGGCUGGGGAAACCCAGCCAGAUGGGCGGGGCACAAAUAAAUUAUUAUUAUUAUUAUUAUUAUUAUUACACUUAAAAUGUAACAAGGCGUAAGCUGAAAAUCAAUAUAAAAGGAAUUUGGAAAAAUGUAAUUAGAUGUAGCAGAAAGAAUAGAAAUAUUUUGGAAACCGGGGGGUGGGGGCGCCCGGGGAUUCAAGUGUUAAAAAUGGGAAAUGAUUUAAAGUUAUAGAACAUUCUUUAUAAAAUAAAAUUUUAAAAAGAAUUAAAAAAAGAAUCAGAAUUUUAGAAUUGGAAGGGAACCCCCGAGGGACAUCUAGUCCAACCCCCCUUCAAUGCAGGUGGAUCAACUGCACUGCAUGCAGAAGGUCCCAAGUUCAGUACCUGGCAUCUCUAGCUGGGAAAGACUCUUGCUUUAAAACCUUGGAGAGCCACUGCCAGUCUAAGUACUAAACAAGAAGAACCACCGGUCUGAUUCAGUGGCAGGAAACUUCCUAUGUUUUGAUGAAUCUGGGUAUGCAGAUCAGGCAAUACUGGGCAGGAGGGAUCAGUUAAUGUGAAACAGCUGCCCUACUCACUGGGGUGGCCGGAAGCAUUAUUGGUAGCAUAUCGGGACAGUUAAUAAUAAUAAUAACAAUUAUUAUUAUUAUUAUUAUUAUUAUUUAUACCCCGCCCUCCCCAGCCAGAGCCGGGCUCAGGGCAGCUAACACCAAUAAAAUCACAGUAAAAAACAAUGGGGGGGGAACCAAUUUAAAAUACAGGUUAAAAUGCAAUUUAAAAUGCAGUCUCAUUUUAAAAGUAGCCGAUAAAUCAAGACCAUAAGGGGAGGGUCAGACUGAGUCCAAACCAAAGGCCAGGCGGAACAGCUCUGUCUUGCAGGCCCUGCAGAAAGAUGUCAAGUCCCGCAGGGCCCUAGUCUCUUGUGGCGGAGCGUUCCACCAAGUCGGGACCACUACUGAAAGGGCCCUGGCCCUAGUUGAGACCCAUCUAACCACCUUGCGACCUGGGACCUCCAAAAUGUUGUCAUUUGUGGACCCUCCGUGGGACAUACCAGGAGAGGCGGUCCUGUAGGUACAUGGGUCCCAGGUCGUGCAGGGCUUUAAAGGUCAAAAGCAGCCCUUAAACCUGACCCUGUACUCCACCGGGAGCCAGUGCAGUUGGUAAAGCACUUGAUGAAUGUGUGGGACUCUCCCACCACCAGCAGAGGGGAGCACCUUUGAAUUUUUUCUUUCUUGAAAGCUGACCGCGGUAUGACCUGGUUUGUCUUUCUGGGUUUUUUUUUGCCAGCACCUUCAUGGCAAGAGACUCUGCCACCCGUUCACCGGCCGUCUCCUUCCUGUCCUUACCGACCCCUUUGUGGAGCAGGAGAUGGGUACAGGUAGGCCUGCUUUGUGGAAGCUGGAUGUUUGUGUUGUUGAAAUCAAUAAAGACAGACACGGGUUCUCCAAGGAAGGUCGGAAUUCAUUUAGCUGCACGGAGGCCAGCGAGAUGUUUCUCAAAUGCCGAGCCCCGAUUGCUCGCUGGGGGCUGCCUUUUAUAGUGAGCAAAAAACAACUUCUUACAGGAUUAAAAGGUAAAGGGACCCCUGACCGUUAGGUUCAGUCGUGGCCGACUCUGGGGUUGCGGCGUUCAUCUCGCUUUAUUGGCCGAGGGAGCCAGCAUACAGCUUCUGGAUCGUGUGGCCAGCAUGACUAAGCCGCUUCUGGUGAACCAGAGCAGCGCAGGGAAACACUGUGUACCUUCCCGCCAGAGCGGUACCUAUUUAUCUACUUACACUUUGACGUGCUUUCGAACCGCUAGGUGGGCAGGAGCAGGAACCGAGCAACGAGAGCUCACCCCGUCGCGGGGAUUAGAACCGCCAACCUUCUGAUCGGCAAGCCCUAGGCUCUCUGGUUUAGACCACAGCGCCACCCGCUCCCUUAGCUUACAGGAUUACUCAAGUGAAAAAGCAGAACUUUCCUCAAGUGGUAAAAAGCAGAACUUUUCUAGUCUCUCCAUCCCCACCUGUCUGCCCAAGCUGCCAGCCUGUGCAAGUUUCCCCAAACUGUUGUCUUGUGCAAAUUUUAAAACAGACACAAGUCAGCUCAUCCUUUGUGGAUGUGGGACUGUCUGGCCUAGAUGGCUUACACAGCACUUUCUGCUAGUCUCCAGAGUGGGAGCUGUUGGAGGAGAUACAGUGGUACCUCGGGUUACAUACGCUUCAGGUUACAUACGCUUCAGGUUACAGACUCCGCUAAAUAUUACCUCAGGUUAAGAACUUUGCUUCAGGAUGAGAACAGAAAUCGCAUGCCGGUGGUGCAGCGGCAGUGGGAGGCCCCAUUAGCUAAAGUGGUGCUUCAGGUUAAGAACAGUUUCAGGUUAAGAACGGACCUCCGAAAUGAAUUAAGUACUUAACCCGAGGUACCACUGUAGUCUCCAUUCAGUGUGACGAACAGCAGCGUCCGGCGUGGGGUAUCUGUUCUCAGAGAUGCCCCUUCUCACUUUUUCUCGCCACCUUUGCAGGGGCUGUGAAGGUCACCCCAGCGCAUAGCCAUGCCGACUACGAACUGGCUCAGCGGCACAGCCUGCCGUUCAUCUCAGUUAUUGCGGAAGAUGGCACAAUGACGGCAGACUGUGGGGAUUGGCUACAGGUAAGCUUGGCCUUUUAAUGCCAUGCGAGCUUCUGGUUGCUUGGAACACUGCAGCAAGAGCCGUUUUCAGUUGCCACCACAUCCCUCCGCGUUGGGGCUGACCCAACUGAUGUAGCUUGCCAAAGAUGGCAGAUUCGGAGGCACUGUUAACUGGAAGGCAGUUGUUUGAUUCUUCAAUGUGGAUGGAUUUAUUACAUGAGAGGUGACAUUUGGAUUUUGUGCCCCAAUACCAAAAUGUCUUAGAUGGGGUCUGUCUUUAAUAAUAAUAAUAAUAAUAUAUUUACACCCCGCCCAUCUGGCUGGGUUUACCCAGCCACUCUGGGUGGCUUCCAGCAGAAUAUUAAAAACAAUACAGUGUCAGACAUUAAAAACUUCCCAAAACAGGGCCGCCUUCAGUUGUCUUUUAAAAGUAAAAUAGUUGUUUAUUGCCUUGACAUCUGCUGGGAGGGCGUUCCACAGGGCAGGCGCCACUACCGAGAAGGCCCUCUGUCUGGUUCCCUGUAACUUGGCUUCUCGCAGCGAGGGAACCGCCAGAAGGCCCUCGGCACUGGACCUCAGUGUCCAGGCUGGAUGAUGGGGUGGAGACGCUCCUUCAGGGAUACAGGACCGAGGCCGUUUAGGGCUUUAAAGGUCAGCACCAACUCUUUGAAUUGUGCUCGGAAAUGUACUGGGAGCCAAUGAAGAUCUUUCAGGAUCGGUGUUAUAUGUUCUCGGCGGCCACUCCCAGUCACCAUGCGCAUGAAAAAAAAGAACCCCAGGAAAACCUAUUUCAUAAUAAAACUGUUAAUUACUGUACUUUUCUGUGUAUAAGACUAGGGUUUUUUCUUUUGCAAUUAUGUUUAAAAGUGUGGGUCGUCUUAUACAUGGAUAGUGCAUAGGUUGGACAUUUGAUUGGCUGCUGUCAGCGGCUGUUGGUCGUGUUCUUGGUUGCUGCGUCAAGGGCUGGUGUUGAUUGGCUGACGCUACAGCUGUUGGGCGGGCGAUUGGCAGCUUCUGCCAGUGAGGGGAGAUUUUUGGCAACCCCCCCUAAAAAAGCUCAACAACCAGUGUCAUCUCCCCUCCCAGUUUCUUAAAUUUGAGCCCCCCAAAAUAGGCGGCACCUUAUACAUGGGAAAAUACGGUAUAUUUUUUUAAGUUAGCACAAGACACUGGGUGAUAGGAAAGGUGUUCCCCUUUCAGGGGCUGCAUAGAUUCCUGGCCCGUGAGAAGGUGUUGUCUGCUUUGAAGGAGAGAGGACUCCAUCGGGGGGCCAAGGAGCAUCCCAUGGUGCUUCCACUUUGCAGGUAAUGGUAGAAUUAUUAUUUUUUAGACCUCUCCCCUUCCCUCCCUAGCCAUCCUUCAGUUUCAUCUAGCUGUCUUUAUUGGUGAUUGUGAUGAUGAUUAAAGCCCUGCCAUAACAGGGUGCUGUACAUUAGGGGUGGGGGUAUCCCAGCCAUCCAGUUUUUUGGGGGAGGGGUGGCAAGUAACAUUUUUGCCGUUGUAGUCUCAUACAUUAAUAAAUUUCUAUACGGCUUGUGUAGUUCUGUCCCUAUAAUUCCCAAAAGGAAAAAGAAGUCCCAGCGAAAGAAGAAUGGAUACAAAAACCUAUGGAAUAUGCAGAAAUGGCAAAACUUACCGGGUUUGGGGGGUGGGGGUGGGAAGAAAGAAAUCAAGAUAACAAACUUUUUUUAAUAAAAGAAUGGAAGUGGUUUAUCGAAUAUUUACAAAUCAACUGUAAACAGAUAAGAACAUUGGGAGGAUAAUAACCUGCAGUUUUAUAAGCGUAUAUAUUUAAAGUAGAUGAAUAAGUGAGCAAAUUAAGUUAAUUUGAAUAUGCAGAAAAAGAGGGGGAAGGAAGCUGAGUUUUGAAAUGUUAAAUUGAAUGUAAAAUUAUUGAAAUGUAUAAAACUGAAAAUCAUAAAUAUGUUUUUUAAAAAUGCAGUCAUCCAGAGCUCACUCUCUCUCUGGUCCCUGCAAACAACUUAGAUUGUAUUGCUCCUUGGGGCUGAGGCUUUUUAUUAUUAUUAUUGCGUAUGCUCCACCUAUGCCGACGCCGCUAUAUAAAUAGCACUAACAUCCUGAUGCUGGAGGAUUUUAGCUUUGCAAGGUGGAAGGUAUCCUGGGAAUCGGAAGUGACCCUUUGUUCUCUCUCUCCCCCGACUCCCAUCCUUCACAGCCGCUCUGGGGAUGUGAUCGAAACCCUCUUGAAGAACCAGUGGUUUGUCCGAUGUGAAGAAAUGGCUCGUGGGGCCUUGGAGGUAACUCCCCAAACGCUUUAACAUUGCUAGGAUAAUCUGAUACAGCCCACAUUCUAAGACUGGAACUAUAAGGGUGGGGAGCAUGCAUGUGUUAGACUGCAGAGAUCUUUAGAAUUGCUAUAUUAUUAUUAUUAUUAUUAUUAUUAUUAUUAUUAUUUAUACAUACAUACAUACAUACAUACCCCGCACAACUGGCUGGGUUUCCCCAGCCACUCUGGGCGGCUUCCAACAGAAUAUUAAAAUACAAUAACCUAUUAAACAUUAAAAGCUUCCCUAAACAGGGCUGCCUUCAGAUCUCUUCUAAAAGUCUGGUAGUUGUUUAUCUCUUUGACAUCUGUUGGGAGGGCGGGUGCCACUACUGAAAUGACCCUCUGCCUGGUUCCCUGUAACUUGGCUUCUUGCAGUGAGGGAACCGCCAGAAGGCCUUCGGCGCUGGACCUCAGUGUCCGGGUAGAACAAUGGGGGUGGAGACGCUCCUUCAGGUAUACUGGGCUGAGGCCAUUUAGGGCUUUAAAGGUCAGCACCAACACUUUGAAUUGUGCUCAGAAAGGUACUGGGAGCUGAUGUAAGUCUUUCAAGACUGGUGUUAUGUGGUCUCGGCGUGUCCCAUUGUCACUACAUUACAAGAUAUAGUGAUGCCCACCAAUAGUGUUGUGGCUUUACACGAGGGGAUUGGGUUUAACUAAAUAGUUGUGGCAGUGUGAGACAGCACAAAGAGUCCCGCUAACGCAACAGUACUUGCCCCCUUCUCCUCCUCUGUGAUGCCUCCUUAAAUCAGCUAUUUGGGUUCGGGAAAGUCCCCAGAACAACUCAUGGGGGGAGGAGAGGGGAGAUUGGUCCAUCCGACAAGCAGAAAUGCUUGCUCUGAUGGAAUGAUCACAUUACGUGAUGUUGAAUUCCACCCAUGGAGUUACUGGCGAUUACUAGUCAUGAUGGCUAUAUGCCACUUGCAGAAUCAGAGGCAACCUUCAUCUGAACUUCAGUCGCCAGAGAACCAAGGGUGGGGAAGUGUUUUGGUUUGGCUUGUCGCCUGCUUGCAUGCUUCCCAGGGGCAUCUCGUUGGUUACUAAGAGAUAGAAAGACGCACCUCUCCACCCAAGGUAUCAGCUUGCCCUGAACUGAGUUAACCAGAUUUAUCUGUUUCUUCCCUAAGGCUGUGGAGUCCGGAUUCUUGAAGUUGACCCCUAAAUUCCAUGAGAAAAACUGGAGGACUUGGCUCUUGAAUACCAGGUAAGAUAAGAUAUUCUUUGUAUAUUGUAUCGUUGUUUUACUACUAUGGCCGAUGGCUGAUGCAAAUAAAGAUUCAUUCAUUCCUGUUGCUAAAGUAAUAAAGAGGGAUUUUGGCUGCUAUUCUACGGCCGUUGGGGUGGGCUGGCAGCACUUACCUGACCUCCUGUCGCCCGCUAGUGUGUUUGCACCACACUGACCUCGCUGCCACCUCUCCCUCUUAGUAAGCGGCGACACUGGUUAUGGGUCGCUGCCGCCUGGGUGUAAGCCCCAUUGGACUUGAUGGGACUUAACAGAGAUGCUUCUAUGAAAUUUCCCUCUUGUACAUGGGAGGUGCUGUUUUGGCUACGCAAGCAGAGGCGCUCACAGCCUGAACACCACAAAUAAAGGGAAUAAUUAUUCCAGAAGCAUCUAACUAGCCCAGCCUGAUGCCAUCCAGCAGCAGAGAUCUUCUAUUGAGCAAGCGUUAUAUAAAUGUUGUUAAAGAAGGUUUGGGGACCACAAAUCCCAUCAUCCUCCACAAACUUGGCUAAUGGCUAGGAAUGAUGGGAGUUGUAGUCCAAAACCUGGAGGGCACCAUGUUGGGGAAAGCAGAGCUAGACGGACCUUCAUUUGAUCUUGCAAGUGGCCCUUGUGUUCUUGAAAUCCAAAUGGCAUCAUUUUGAUUGAUUUUCUCCUCCCUCCCGCUCAGUGACUGGUGUAUUUCUCGCCAGUUGUGGUGGGGUCAUCAGAUUCCAGCCUAUCGGGUCAUGGUUCCUGGAUCGCCAGAUGUAGCAGAGGUGAGUUUUAGCCUCUUUGACUGUGUAUCAGCCACUGUAGCAAGGGGUUCGCAGGGUUGAGUCUCUGGCGCCUCCGGUCCUAGUUGCAAUGCGACUUCAGCUUCUUUUCAUCUGCAGCAGGAGGAGAGCGAUGGAUUAUGGGUAGUGGGCAGGACAGAAGCAGAAGCUCGGGGGAAAGCAGCAGGCAUGCUGGGAAAACCAGAAAUGGAUCUGGAGCUGGUGAGAGGUAAGGCAGCAGCACAGAUAUUCGUACUUCUGGGAGGGAGAGUGCCAAUGCGUCUGGCCAAACGCAAGGAAGUGCUUGAAAUGAAAUUUGGUGGCCUUUGUGAUGGAACUGAGCCAGCAUCAUUCUCCAUCACACAUCCCUACUUUUCCUUUCCAUCCCCGUCACCUUGAGAAAUUGCUUACAUUGCCAGAUACUCUGCGCAUUCCUGUAAGGAAGCCUUCUAAGAACCAUACAUGGCCUCAACCCGGUAUACCUGAAGGAGCGUCUCCACCCCCAUCGUUCAGCCUUGACACUGAGGUCCAGCGCCGAGGGCCUUCUGGCGGUUCCCUCACUGCAAGAAGUGAAGUUACAGGGAACCAGGCAAAGGGCCUUCUUGGUGGUGGCACCCGCCCUGUGGAACGCCCUCCCAUCAAAUGUCAAGGAAAUAAACAACUAAAUGACUUUUAGAAGACAUCUGAAGGCAGCACUGUUUAGGGAAGCUUUUAAUAUUUGAUGUUUUUAACAUCUGAUGUUUUAUUGUGGUUUUAAUAUUCUGUUGGGAGCUGCCCAGAGUGGCUGGGGAAACCCAGCCAGAUGGACGGGAUAUAAAUACAUUAUUAUUAUUAUUAUUAUUAUUAUUAUUAUUAUACAUUGCUGAUGGGGUGGGGGAAAUCUGGAUUGGGACUCUGGGAUGGGGACUGGAGGGCCUUUAAACUCCUCCAGAUCAGGCACCCUGGGCCUUUUGAAUAAAACAUUCACAUUUGUUUUUUGUUUUCACCAGAUGCCGAUGUCCUGGACACUUGGUUCUCAUCUGGACUUUUCCCUUUCGCUGCGCUGGGCUGGCCCCACAAGGUGAGUAGAACUGGGAGGGACAAGGAGCUGAAGAGCCACAUGUUCACCCCGCCCCUGGCCAAUAAGAAGACGGCCAGUGGGUAGUGUAAUGGGGGCGCCAUACUUACCUCUCCCCUUACAGCAACCCCAGGCAUACAUCCUCAUGACCUCAAACUCCCAUCAGUCCUAGCCAGCAUAGCCAGUGAUGAGGGGUUAUGGGAGUGGAGUCCAGCAACAGUUCAAGAAGGACACUGACAAACUGGAACGUGUCCAGAGGAGGGCAACCAAAAUGGUCAAAGGCCUGGAAACGAUGCCUUAUGAGGAACGGCUAAGAGAGCUGGGCAUGUUUAGCCUGGAGAAGAGGAGGUUAAGGGGUGAUAUGAUAGCCAUGUUCAAAUAUAUAAAAGGAUGUCACAUAGAGGAGGGAGAAAGGUUGUUUUCUGCUGCUCCAGAGAAGCGGACACGGAGCAAUGGAUCCAAACUACAAGAAAGAAGAUUCCACCUAAACAUUAGGAAGAACUUCCUGACAGUAAGAGCUGCUCGACAGUGGAAUUUGCUGCCAAGGAGUGUGGUGGAGUCUCCUUCUUUGGAGGUCUUUAAGCAGAGGCUUGACAACCAUAUGUCAGGAGUGCUCUGAUGGUGUUUCCUGCUUGGCAGGGGGUUGGACUCGAUGGCCCUUGUGGUCUCUUCCAACUCUAGGAUUCUAUGAUUCUGUGAUUGUAUGAUCUCCAACCCUGCCUUGGAGGUAGCAUGUAUGGCUUCUUGUUCACUUGCCAUGGGUGAAGCAUGAGCAGCAGGCCGGAUAUUUUUAAUGGGAGUCAUGACAGCACUAUUCUUGUGAUCAGUCCUCUGUAUUAUUAACUUUUUGCACCACAGAUAGAGGUUUGGUUUUGGUUUUUAUGCUGAGCACUUGUAGUCUUUAAGCUCAUCUUUGCAAUAUGCUUUUGAGUUGGGUUAAUACUCCUCCCAUUUUCUAAAUGGUGCACCAAGACUUAAGUGGCUGUUUCAAGGCUAUUUGGUGAGUUGCUGGCUCUAGUUCUCCCAGGUCCAUAUCAAAGGUUCAGCUUCACUAAACAUUCUCGUGAGAUUGGUACAGAAACAGAGGGAGACAGCAGGGAGGCAGGAGGAACGGAGGUACUAUUACAGGUCUGAGGUAGGUAGGCUUGCCAUACAUCUGGAAAAUUCCGGACAUGCACAGAAAUUGGACACCUAAAAUGACGUCUGGGGGGAAUUUUCAAAUCUUAAGAGAUGUCAGGAAUUUCCGGGACGUAUGGCAAACCAGAGUUUCUUUCAGUUUUCUGGUUCCCCCCGCUGUGUUGGUUUAAAAAAUAAUAAUUAAUUCUUAUGAUUUUUUAAUGGGUUAUAAAACUGCAUUUCAGGAUAAAUUAUCCUCCCUUUAAAUUGCAACAGCAGCAAAUAAAACAGUAUGAUAAAACUAGGGGCCGUUCCCCCUAAGAAAAGCCCUGAAAUGGUACUGUAUCAUGACAUGUUCUUCCACAGAGGCAUUAUGGGGUGAAAUAUUCACAUGGACAUUUUUAAAAAAGGGGGGGAGGGGAGAAGCCCUUUGCUUUGAUGGUCAUUACAAACAGGCUAGGCCUGACAGGCUCCAUAAAGGACUGCUGCUGCUGCUGCUGCUGCGCAGAGAGGGCUCCGUUUUUGUUUUGUUUUUUAAAUUGCUUUUAUUUUUUAUCUAUGUCAUUUUAAAUUGUGUUUGACAUUAAUGCUGUAUUCUUAGUUUUAGAUUUUAUGAUUUAUGUGGAGAUUGUUUUAUAUUUGGCUGUGUACUUUUUGAUUUGUUUAUUGUUUAUGACUUGUUAUGUUGGUAAUUAUGUAGAUCUUGUCAUGUUGUAAGCCGCCUUGAGCAUGGUUUUAACUAUGGAAAGGCGGCAUACAAAUAAAAAGAUGAAUGAAUGAAUGAAUUCUGGGAGAGGCUGUGCCCUGGCAGCAGUGGAAGUGACAAGAGGUCACUUCCCUUGGCUGGGGAGUUGGGGGAGAGAGGAAGGAGGGUGGGGAAGGGAGGAAGGCACCGCCGCCAUGAGCUUGGCCAUUUUCACUUUGGGGGGGGGUGUUUCCAGGGGUUUUUUGCAUUCCUUUUUUUAAAAAAAAGUUUCCUUCCAGAGCUGGGCAGAGCGGGCAUCCAGAUGUGCUGGGUGGCGAUUGCCCCGUGGUGUCACAGUCUUGCGACGGGAAAGCCAGCGGAUCUCCUCCUCCAGGGGUGGCGGUUAUUCAUAAAACCCUGCAAAAUGUGCCAGUUCGGGGCAGAAAAGAAAAGCUCAACAGCUUUGGGGGUGUCAGGAACGUGACUUUUUGAAAUAAGGCGAGCCAAGAUGUGGGGCAUGUGCUGACGCCACUGGUCCUGCCUUCGUCCCCCUGCAGACAGAAGAUCUCCAGCAGUUCUACCCCAAUAGCCUUUUGGAGACUGGGAGCGACCUUCUCUUCUUCUGGGUGGCCCGGAUGGUGAUGCUGGGGAAACAGUUGACCGGAGAGCUACCUUUUUCUCAGGUAUGGAUUGGAUGCUAGAAAUUGGAUGCUACCUUUUUCUCAGGUAUGGAUUGGAUGCUAGUACUUCGGUUCCUGGAAGAGAAGGUCCACGGGACUGAGAGAAGCAAAAUGUGAGCCCUAACUAUUUAUCCACAACUUAUACAGUGGUACCUCAGGUUACAUACGCUUCAGGUUACAGACUCCGCUAACCCAGAAAUAGUGCUUCAGGUUAAGAACUUUGCUUCAGGAUGAGAACAGAAAUUGUGCUCCAGCGGUGCAGCGGCAGCAGGAGGCCCCAUUAGCUAAAGUGGUACCUCAGGUUAAGAACAGUUUCAGGUCAAGUAUGGACCUCUGGAAUGAAUUAAGUACUUAACCUGAGGUACCACUGUAAUGUACUUCCUGAUUAUCAACACAGGAUAUGUGAACACAGCUGUUGAAGAGGCCCUUGCAAUUGGUUCAUCGCAACCUGCAUUUAAACAAUACUAUUUUUAAAGUAAUCCUUGUCAAUCCACUUAGUUCUGUCUGGAUUCCGGUACUCUACCUUUCUGUCCUCCUGAGUCUUAAAAUUGGUGUGAUAAGAACUUCAUUCCCAGGUGGCCAGGUUUUUUAUUUUAUUUUGAUUAAUCCCCACCACUUGCUUUAACCUGAAUUGUCGUGUUGUGCUUCUGUUCUCCUGGGUCAUUGUGGUGGGGCUAGAAUUACCUUUUAGACUCUCCUGCUGUGUGUUCUCUUUGAAGAAAUGUAGUGCAUACAGGGCAUGGAUAGGAAGCCAGUGGCCCUCCAAUUGUUGUGUUACAGCCCCCAUCGCUGCUGACCGUUGGCUAUGCCAGCGGGGGCUGACAGAAGUCCCAACAGUAUUUGGGCAGCCACGGGCAGCAGCGGCGCAUCCCAUUUGGCCACUUGAGGUGAAACAGGAAACACCACCCUGCUCUGCCACUCCCAUCCCGACGCUGCUGCCACAGGCUUCCUAUCCUUGGACUAAGGAUAACAUGCAGCAGUUUGUGAUCUUGAGAAACUGUAGCUGUUUCAGAAAAGAGAACUACUGUGUUGUUGUUUAGUCGUUUAGUCGUGUCCGGCUCUUCGUGACCCCAUGGACCAGAGCACACCAGGCACUCCUGUCUUCCACUGCCUCACGCAGUUUGGUCAAACUCAUGCUGGUCGCUUCGAGAACACUGUCCAACCAUCUCGUCCUCUCUCGUCCCCUUCUCCUUGUGCCCUCCAUCUUUCCCAGCACCAGGGUCUUUUCCAGGGAGUCUUCUCUUCUCAUGAGGUGGCCAAAGUAUUGGAGCCUCAGCUUCACGAUCUGUCCUUCCAGUGAGCACUCAGGGCUGAUUUCCUUCAGAAUGGAUAGGUUUGAUCUUCUUGCAGUCCAUGGGACUCUCAAGAGUCUCCUCCAGCACCAUAAUUCAAAAGCAUCAAUUAUUCGGCGAUCAGCCUUCUUUAUGGUCCAGCUCUCACUUCCAUACAUCACUACUGGGAAAACCAUAGCUUUAACUAUACAGUGGUACCUCGGGUUACAUACGCUUCAGUUUACAUACACCUCAGGUGACACACUCUGCUAACCCAGAAAUAGUGCUUCAGGUUAAGAACUUUGCUUCAGGAUAAGAACAGAAAUCGGGCUCCGGCGGCGCGGCGGCAGCAGGAGGCUGCCCCAUUAGCUAAAGUGGUGCUUCAGGUUAAGAACAGUUUCAGGUUAAGAACAGACCAAGAGAACAAAUUAAGUACUUAACCCGAGGUACCACUGUACGGACCUUUGUUGGCAAGGUGAUGUCUCUGCUUUUUAACAUGCAGCAGUUUGUGAUCUUGAGAAACUGUAGCUGCUUCAGAAAAGAGAACCACUGUAGUCUGUGAUUUGUAAGCGUACAGACCAAAGUCUCACGAAUCUACCAAUUCAAAUAAUAACACAAGGCUGUAUUCCUUGUGUUCCUUGUGCCUCCCCAUGGCUGUUAUUUUAUAGUACAGGUUGCCCUUGCUUUUCCUCGAUAUCCUGUUGGUGCUCUUUGCAGAGUUUUGAAGACAUAACACAUUUCCUGUCUCUCUCCCUUUCAGGUUUCCCUUCACUCAAUGGUCCGUGAUGCUCAUGGCAGAAAGAUGAGCAAAUCUCUUGGGAACGUGAUCAACCCUUUGGAUGUUAUUUAUGGUGCCCCCUUGCAGGUACUUAACCGUUCAGAAAAUUGGAACAAGUCUUUCUCUUCACCCUCUGUAGACCUUGACAUCCCAUUGCUUUGUCUGCACUUGUAAAGGACUGUGGCCCUAGUAUUUUCCUUAUUAUACCACAUGUCAUUAUGAUAAUGCCAUCAAAAGUAACUAAUAAAAGGCAUGUCCAACUCCCAAGAGACUGCAAUCUACUCACAGUAUAAAAAACUGCCCUCCAUUAUCAUUUUUAGGGAGCCCCAGAGUUUGCUGAGCGUCCUGCAGCCAAUAGGAAGCUGUGCCUGACAUUCAGCUUCCAAAAAUCAUUCAAAAGCAAUCGCUACCAGUUUUAGAUCUUUCAGGAGCCAAAACAUUCAAGUUCAAAGGCAUUUGGCUUCUGAGGUUCCACUGUAUCCAUAGCUAGGAGGUUUAGAAACCUGCUUUAAAAAUAAAGUUCAAAAUGCUGAGAUUCUUGUGACGUUAUAAGCUGCCUAAGGUUCUGUGUAUAUGGUAUAACCCUAAGCAGGGAAAACCCUGGAAAGCCAGUGGUGAUUUUCCUUUAUCUCUGGCUCCUCCUCUCCCUGAAGCGUCCCUCUUAUUAUUAUUAUUUAUUGUUUUCAGGUGCUACAGGAGAAGCUUCAAAACAGCAAUCUGGACCCGAGGGAGGUUGCCAUUGCUAUGGAAGGCCAGGUCGGUUCCUUCCCACACCUCACCCCAUCCUCCAGCCAGACCCACUCACCCUUUUGUUUUUUUGGGGUUCCUGUGUGUUCUCACCUCCUCCUAUCAUUGUCCCUUUCCAGCAGCGAGAUUUUCCUCAAGGAAUUCCCGAAUGUGGAACCGAUGCCCUCAGGUUCGCUCUCUGCUCCUAUUCUGCCCAAGGUGAGAAGUUGGAACGUUCCCCUUUAUUUUCUGGGGGGCCCUGUCCAUGAAAUAGCCAAAGGAGAAGUGGCUUCAGUUCCUGGCAUUUCCAGCUGUGACUGGGAGAGAUCCCUGUCUGACAAGGAGAUGCCAGUCAUUGGCAGACAGAACUAAGCGAGAUGGACCCAGUGAUCUGGCUCAAUAUGAGGCAGCUUCACGUGUUUCUGUUUAGCAUUGUAACCAGUUUUAAUAAUAAUAAUUAUUAUUUUUAUUUAUACCCCGCCCUCCCCAGCCAAGGCCGGGCUGAAUGAAUACAACUUACAAAUAAGAUUAAAAUACAACAUUAAAAAUAUAGAAACAUUAUAAUAUUAAAAUGCAGCCUCAUCACAGGAGGAGAAAGGAAAAAGAAAAAAGGGGAGGGAAUCAAAUUGGCUCCAAGCCAAAGGCCAGGCGGAACAACUCUGUCUUACAGACCCUGCAGAAAGAGAUCAGAUCCUGCAGGGCCCUGGUCUCAUGAGACAGAGGGUUCCACCAGGCCAGAGCCAGUGUUGAGAAGGCCCUGGCUCUGGUUGAGGCUAAUCUGACUUCCUUAGGGCCUGGGACCUCUAGGGUGUUGCUAUUUAUGGACCUUGAGGCUCUCCAUGGGGCAUACCGGGAGAGGUGGUCCUGUAGGUACGGGGAUGUAGCCGACUUGGAAACUGAGGCCCUUAACAUCACAUGCAUGCCCUUCCUCAGGCGACGGCAUUAACCUCGACGUGGCUGCGGUGGAGAGCGCCAGUCGUUUCUGUAACAAAGUGUGGAAUGCCCUGAAGUUUACUUUGGGAGCCUUGGGAGAAGGAUUUACGCCAGUGGAGCCAGAGAAGGUAACUGGGAUGUGUGUACGCAGGGAAAGGGGUGAUUUGCUUAUAGAAUAUGUUGACGUCUGUCGGUCUGCCUUUGUGCUGUGUAACACGUAGACUGCAGAAUAGAGGUCUCCCAAAGAAACAGACAUCUCCUUAACCUUUCAGCAUACCUAGGAUUUGACUAGUAAGCAUUUUCUGCACUUGUCUACCACACUGACAGCCGAAUCCUAGACACGUUGGCUCAAAAGUCAGUUCCACUGGGCGAAGUUAUUUAUGUUUGCCAAUACUGCUGCUUGUGUUUUGUUAGCCCCGAAAUGGAAAAUGAGCGAGGUCCCAACUAAAGAAGAAUGGUAACUUAAACUGAUGGAAUACGUGCAGCUUGCGGACUUAAUAUACAGAACAUGGGUAGGCAAACUAAGGCCCGGGGGCCGGAUCCGCCCCAAUCGCCUUCUAAAUCUGGCCCGUGGACGGUCUGGGAAUCAGCGUGUUUUUACAUGAGUAGAAUGUGCCCUUUUAUUUAAAAUGCAUCUCUGAGUUAUUUUGGGGCAAAGGAAUUCGUUCAUUCCCCCCCAAAAAAAUAUAGUCUGGACUCCCACAAGGUCUGAGGGACAGCGGACCAGUGCCCUGCUGAAAAAGUUUGCUGACCCCUGAUAUAGAAUAAGAGAACAAGAAGAACAUACGUUUAGAGAAGAUUGCAAAAUGUUUAUUGAAUAUAUGGGGGGGGGGAAUUGUGUACACUUGAAAACGUUAAGAUAAAUUCAACAGUGUAAAUAAGUUCUGAUGGACGUAAUAUGUAAAAUAUGUAGGCAUUUAUGAUAUGCAAAAUGAACCAUGGAAGGAGAAGAAGGGAAGUCAUUGAUAUUUUAAGGUUGUUUAAAUGAAUAUUUUAAAUUGUAAAACAGAAAAUUUAUAUAGAAAAAUAAAUAGAUAGAUAGAUAGAUAGAUAGAUAGAUGAUACAGUGGUACCUCUAGAUACGAACAGGAUCCGUUCUGGAGCCCUGUUCACAUCUAGAAGCAAUCGUAACAAGUGACGGCACGUCUGCGCACCCACGCGUUGGCUUCUGUGCAUGCACGUGGCGUCAUUUUGAGCGUCUGCGCAUGCGCAAGCGGCGAAACCCGGAAGUAACGCUCUCCGUUAGUUCCGGAUUGCCACGGAGCGCAACUCAAACGCGCUCAUCCCGAAGCACAUUCAACCCGAGGUAUGACUGUAGAUAUGAAUUGAGAAGGAAUGAAGUAGGAUGUGCUUGAGAGCAAAACUCCCCUCCGACAUUCAGGCGCAAUCUGUGCAUUAGGAGAGGGGAGCACAAAAGCCUGCAGCCUCAGCAAUGCUCAUUCACAGAAUGCUAAACUAUGGUUUGGCAUUACACCCGGAACAGGCCAUAGGGCAAGAAGGAAGGACUCUAGGGAGGGCUAAGCAGCCUUAAGGACAGUGCAGCAUGGCAACCGAGGUAGUUGGGCGAUUUCUUCGCUCGUGAAUUUUUUCAGCCAUCUGUUAGAAAAUAUUGGGUCAAGUAUUGUGAGUACUAUAUACAGUGGUGCCCCGCAAGACGAAUGCCUCGCAAGACGGAAAACCCGCUAGACAAAAGGUUUUUCCAUUUUUGAGUUGCUUCGCAGGACGAAUUUCCCUAUGGGCUUGCUUUGCAAGACGAAAAUGUCUUGCGAGUCUUGAGAUUUUUUUUUCGCUUUCCCCCCCCUUUAUCUAAGCCGCUAAGCCUUUAAUAGCCUUUUAGCAGCUAAUCCGCUAAGCCGAUAAGCCUUUAAUAGCCGCUAAACCGCUAACAGCACUAAUCCGUUAAGCCGCUAAUAGGGUUGCUUCGCAAGACAAAAAAACCGCUAGACGAAGACACUCACGGAACGGAUUAAUUUCGUCUUGCGAGGCACCACUGUAGUCCUCUCUUAGGGCUACAUACUACGGAAUUGCCCAGAGUCAUGCAGGUCUCCCAAUGUAAAUUUGCACUCCCUCCUACGUGUAACUAGUUAUUCAGUCCCUGCAAAUGCCACAAUAAAUUGGGUUACUCUUUAAGGUGCUACAAGAGACUUUGCUUUUGCUGCAAGAAACUAGCACAGCUAGAUCUUCAGGAAGAUGUACCUAACAACAUGUUUAUGUUAAAACAGCCUUCUGCAAUCUGGUACCCCAACCAGACUCCAACUCCUGUAUUCCCUGACUUUGCCCUUCUGACUGGGACGGAUGGGAGUUGUAGUCUGACGACACCUGGAGUGCACUUGGUUGCAGAAGGCUGUGUCAAAACGUGCUCUGUAUUAAAUAUUUUGCCAUGUAUACACUAAUGGUUGUAUCCAGUGCUAGUCCUGCUCCAGAGUGAGGUUAUUGGACGUGACUAACUUAGGUUUGUUAAUUUCACCAGGCGUGCUGGUGAACUUUGUUAGCUACCACCCUAAAAUGUAAUGCAAAGCAGCAGCGCUGAGGGCUGAAGCUUUUACAGUUCUGUGCUCCACCUGCUUCCAUUUCCAGCAUUCAUUCCAGCUCUCACCUUUUCUGUCAUUAUGGGCUUGUGAGCAAUGUGGGCGAAGGGGAGAAAUAAAGGAAAACACAGGGCUUAGUCUGCAGGCAAGUGAUGCAGUCACCUUGCAAUGGGUCUGGCCAGUGAUUUGAUGGGAGACAGCUAGGAACCUUAUGGCCUCUGUCUUGAGUUGCAUGAGAGAAGAAAGGUGGGGUAGAAAUUUUAAUACACUGGAAUACUUCUGCCACUCGUUUGCCUCUUCCUCCAGGUCUUCCCUAGCUCCCCGAUGGAGCGCUGGAUCCUCAGUCGUCUCUACCACACAGUGGAAGAUUGUGCCCGGAGGUUUGAAGGGUACGAACUGCAUUCUGUCGCGUCCUCGGUCCAUCUUUUCUGGCUGCACGAUUUCUGCGAUAACUACUUGGUGAGCUCUGCCUGUGGGUUCAGAUUCCUACCACCUCUCUGGGAGUGAGAUGGGCAGGACUAGAUCGUAGCCUGAGAAGUGAAAAACUUGCAGGUCAGGAUACAGGUGGGCAUCGUCUAGGGCAGCGGUUCUCGACCUGUGGGUCCCCAGAUGUUGUUGGACUACAACUCCCAUCAUCCCUGAGCUCUGGCCUUGCUAGCUAGGGGUAAUGGGAGUUGUAGUUCAACAACAUCUGGGGACCCACAGUUCGAGAAAGGCUGGUCUAGGGAGUAUGAUUCUGGUUCUCAUAUUUUCCAUGAGAUUUUUCACCGGAGGUGAGGCUUUGAGUAAUCUGGGUGCUCUAUAUGCUGAAGCAGGUGUUGAUUUAUUGUGGGUGGCAAGGAUGAUUGUGGGGGAAAGAGGGCAUGGAGAAAGAAAGAGAGAGAGAGAGGUGGCGGCAGAAUGAGAAUAUGGCGCGCAGAAAAAGAAAGAAUAGAAUGUUGGGAGUGGCAGAGUGCUAUUUCACUCAUGUGCAGCUUAUUAUUAUUAUUAUUAUUAUUAUUAUUAUUAUUAUUUGAAUUUAUAUACCGCCCUAUACCCGGAGGUCUCAGGGCGGUUCAUAGAAAAGAUCACAAUAUAUAAAAUCAAAAUAAAAACAAUAACACCCCCACACACACACAUACAGUGGUACCUCAGGUUACAGACGCUUCAGGUUACAGACUCCACUAACCCAGAAAUAGCACCUUGAGUUAAGAACUUUGCUUCAGGAUGAGAACAGAAAUUGCUCGGCAGUGGGCAGCCCCAUUAGCUAAAGUGGUACCUCAGGUUAAGAACAAUUUCAGGUUAAGAACGCACCUCCAGAACGAAUUAAGUUCUUAACCCGAGGCACCACUGUAGUCACAUUUUUAAAGGGUAUAGGAUGUCAAUCAGGUCAACCAAAGGCCUGGUUAAAAAGGAACGUUUUUGCCUGGCACCUAAAGGUAUAUAAUGAAGGCGCCAGGUGAACUUCCCUGGGGAGAGCAUUCCACAGACAGGGAGCCACUGCAGAGAAGGCCCCGUUCUCCAGGUGCAGGUUUCCCCCAGGCAUCUGGUCGGCCACGAUGAGAAAAGGAUGUUGGACUAGAUGAGCCAUUGGCUUGAUCCAGCAGGCUCAUUUUAUGUCUUCCAUCCUUUUUUUUGGCUCUCUUCCCACCCCUUGCUUGCAUGUGCCCUCCAACAGGUUACCUCAAAGUAAAGGAAAAUAUUCCCCCACUCCCAUGCUGAACCAUUUACAGAUGCAUGAGGCCCUUGGUAUGUUACGGGACUACAACUCCUAUUAGCUCCAGCUAGCCCAGCUGACGAUCAGGAGCGAUGGGAGUUGUAGUCCGUCAACAUCUGGAGGGCCGCAGCUUCCCAACCCUGGCAUGGAGUUGGGUCUUCAGAAAGCAUCUCUCUUCCCAGAUGAUGGUAAAACGCCUGUUUUUCAUCCACAGGAGUCUGUGAAGCCCAUAUUGAGGAGCGGGGAUCCAUCUCGACUACUCUCCACCCGUCAGACCUUGCACAGUUGUGCGGACGUGGCUCUGCGCCUCCUUUCUCCCUUUAUGCCUUUUCUCACAGAGGAACUGUGGCAGCGCCUCCCCAGGAUCGGAUCCCAGUCUCCUCCCAGUAUCUGCGUGGCCAGAUAUCCCAGUGCAGAGCAACUGGUGAGGGCGUUUCCGGGGACCUGAAAGAAGGAAAUGUGUUAAAAUGGGGGCAGGGGGAGCAUUUCAAAGUGAUUCAGGGCUCACCUGUGCAUUUUCCAGAAGUGCUUGUACAAGUUUACUUCGUAAGCCUUGGAAUACCGUGGUACCUUGGUUCUCAAACUUAAUCCGUUCCUGUCUGUUCCAAAACCAAAGCGUUCCAAAACCAAGGCGUGCUUUCCCAUAGAAAGUAAUGCCCUUCAAGACAUUUAAAAACAACCCUAAAACAGCAAUUUAACAUGAAUUUUACUAUCUAACGACACCAUCGAUCCAUAAAAUGCAAGCAAUAAUCAAUGUACCGUUCUAUAACAUAAAAAGACAGUAUUGUAGAUGAUUAAAAAAUAAAUUCUUACCUGCACUGAUGAUAGUCAUUGUUUGGAUGGGGGGCUUUUAUGCAUUUCUGCAGUCACACAAUCAAUCAAUCAGUAGCUGAACUGUGUUCCACACAGUCAUGAAAACAAAUUAAUCGAAAAGCCUCAAAAACAAAAAAUAAAUAGCAAAAACAAAAGCGCCAAACUUAAUCAGUUCCGGAAGUCCAUUUGUCUUCCAAAAUGUUCAAAAACCAAGGCACAGCUUCUGAUUGGUGCAGGCGCCCCGCAAACAAUAGCCGACAGCCGCAUUGCAUGUUUGGCUUCUGAAAAGCGUUCCCAACCUGGAACACUUACUUCCAGGUUUUCAGAGUUUGAGAACCAAGGUACCACUGUACAAGGUCCCUCUUCUGAAUAUCCAGUAAUGUAGAUAUUACAGCAAGUUCUAGUUUCAACUUUGGCCACAUCUGCACCAUACAUCGAAAGCGCUGUGGUGCCAUUUUGAAGGUGCUGUGAGUUGUUGGGAGACCGUGCUUCUCCUCAGAGAGAUACAAUUCCCAGAGUUCCCUGGGAAAGGGAUUGGAUAAUUAAACCACUCUGAGAAUUGUAACUCUGUGAGGGGAAUAGGCAUCUCCUAACAAGUCUCAGCACCAUUAAUAAACUGCUGCUCCCACAAAUCUUUGGGGGAAGCCAUGGCACUUAAACUGGUGUAAGGUUUUCUACAAUAUGUAAGUUUCAUGAAAUAGAUACGAAAUAUAAUAGUGAACUUUAAAGGUAUGGUGCAGUCGUGGCUCUAAUUCUACAAGGAAAGAAGGAUCUUUUCAAGUCCCCCCCCUCAUUUCUAUACCGCUUUAUGUUUUUAAGAAAAAUCUCAAAGCGGUUUACAGCAUAUUAAACAUCAAUAAAACAAUCCAGAAUCAAACAUUUCUGAAGAACGUAAAAUAAAUCAUAUACAGUCAAAGAAACAUAAUUAACAGGAAACUAAAAUAUUAUCUAAAAGAUUUCAAAAUAAAACAUUACAGAGGAGGUCAGCGACGGAAUACAUAUUUAACACAAAGUUUUUAAAAAAUCUUAAACGUUUCAAAAGGAAACAUUGCUAAGUGAAGUCAAAUAUAAAAUGCACAUUUAAAACAGCAUAAUUAACAAGAAAAUAAAAUAUUAUCAUAAGCAUGACAGUUUUCCCCUCCUCCACAUUUCCAGGCUCACUGGCGUCAUCCCGACGAAGAGGCAAACUUCCUGUUAGUACAGGAAGUCGUUAGAGCUGUCCGUGCCCUGAGGGCAACUUACCAGCUGACCAAAGCUCGGCCAACAGGUAAGACCUCUUCAGAUGUCUGUUGUGUGGAAAACUCUUCAUUUCACACAAGGGCUUACUAAGGAAAUGUGGUCACUGGGAUAGAAAAAUAGUUCCCUCACUCCUGAUAGAGCAGGUACCCUGAAACUCAGCCCUCCAGGUGUUUUGGAACUACAACUCCCAUCAUCCCUAGCUAACAGGACCAGUGGUCAGGGAUGAUGGGAAUUGUAGUCCCAAAACAUCUGGAAGGCCGAAUUUGGGGAUGCCUAUGAUAGAAGGUAUAACUGGUGCCCCUUCCCUCCAAUUGGCUGAUACCUUUGAUUGUCUGAGGACAGUGGCUGUAUUUUUAAAUCUCUGUGUCUGUCCCUAGUGUACCUGGUUUGCCCAGAGGCAGUUCGCCGUGGCGUAUAUGAGACCUAUCGAGAAUCCCUGCAGACUUUGUCCUUGGCUGGAACUCUGAAACUCCUCUCAGGUAUCGAGGGAGCAGAACUACCUGCAAGUUGCGUGGCUGCGAAGGGGCACGAGCACACCGCCAUCUAUGUGGAUCUGCAGGUAAGACCCACGUUGGGGCAACUGCUUGGUUCAAGGAGACAGGUUCAUAAGAAAACCAAAGAAAGGUGGUGUUAUAAGAAAAAAACCUGCUCCCUUUCCCAUAUGGGGUAUUCCGGAGCCCAUAUAGAGUCCUUAAGUGGGUUCCCUAUUGGUAGGAGAAAACAGAGGCCAUGCAGAGUUAUAUUGAGAAGCAAAGCGGCUAGUAAGCCUGAUCUUUAUUCAAGGAACUGUUGCAAUAGGGUCACCACACGCAGGAGGGUUGAGAACCCUGAAAAAUGCUGCACAAGCCCUUAUAUAGACUUUUGAAAUUGCCCGCCCAGUAGCCCAAGACCACCACCCCCUGAAACAUCAUAAAUACAUCACAGAAGGAGGCCAUCUACAGCAGAAAUCCUGCCUGACAGGAUGUCUGAUAAUGGUCACUGAUUGCAUUACCUGGGCAGUCCAGCCAUUCUUUUGUGAUGGUAAAUACUUUUAGAUCCUGAAUCCGGUUCAUAGGUUCACCCUAUUCAUACACAAAUGUGCCCUUAAGACAGGAUUUGCAAGCCAAAAGACAAUGGGAAGGCUUUCCCCAUUUUUCCUCCCUUACUGCAGAGGAACAUUUGAGGUCCUUGGGAGAGUAAAAAUGGCAUCAGAAUUGCUCUCCUGUACUAUUUCAGACGGGAUGCGGGUGGCGCUGUGGGUUAAACCACAGAGCCUAGGGCUUGCUGAUCAGAAGGUCGGCAGUUCGAAUCCCUGCGACAGGGUGAGCUCCCGUUGUUCGGUCCCUGCUCCUGCCAACCUAGCAGUUCGAAAGCACAUCAAAGUGCAAGUAGAUAAAUAGGUACCGCUCCGGCGGGAAGGUAAACGGUGUUUCCGUGUGCUGCUCUGGUUUGCCAGAAGCGGCUUAGUCAUGCUGGCCACAUGACCCGGAAGCUGUACGCCGGCUCCCUCGGCCAAUAAAACGAGAUGAGCGCCGCAACCCCAGAGUCGUCCGCGACUGGACCUAAUGGUCAGGGGUCCCUUUACCUUUACUAUAUUUAGAUAUGUGUGCAUUUGUCAAUAUUUAUUCUACAUUUGAGACCUUAAAAUUCUUGUAACAGUGGUGACCAGGUGAAAUGCAUUGUGGGAGGAUUAUGGCCACCUUUCAGGGAGUAACUUCAAGGGGGUCUAGAAGGAGGUUCUUUUAAAUGUAUAUCAUGCAUUGAACCCGUGACGCUUCUCUCACCAUAGGGAUUGGUUGACCCCCAAAAGGAGCUCCUCAAAUUUGCAUCUCGGCAAAAGAAACUGGAGCGGCAGCUGGCAGAUCUCACCGUACGGGUUCAAGGGGCCAGAUAUCAGGAGCAGGUCUCCCCAAAAGCCAAACUCGAUCACCAGCAAAAGGUAUUAACUGCUAUUGGGGGUGGGGCUAUGGUUGCACACCACAUUAAACAACAGGUAAUGUUUAAUUGUGCAACAUGAGCAAGCGGUGAUCUGGAUUGUGUGGCUCAAAAGUUGCUUCUUUGCUCUGGAUUGUAACAAGCUUUAUUGCAUUGUCUGAGCCCAAACUCGUGGCUUUAUUUUCUCCAAACAAAACUGCAAGUGGUACUAUGGUUUGGUUGGAGAGAAACAAACCUUUUGAGUGUCACCAAAAAAAGAGCAUAUGGGUAUUUUUGGAAUACUUCAUUGUUGUUCUGGAAAACAAUACUUUUUUCCCCCUUUCAUUUUAGGCUUUCGACAAAAAAAUAUUCCUCAUUAUAAUUUCCUUUUUCUUUUAACAUCUUUAUUGAAAGUUCAAAAAGUACAUAGUUAUAUGUGCACUAAACAUGGCAAGAUGUAAAUAAAAGAGAGAGAAAGAGAAAUAGAAACGGCACCCGUGUAGAAGGGAAAGUAAAGGGGGGGAGGGGGAAAAACCCAAAACUAUACUUUACAAGGUUGUUAUUGUACUUCACCAGAUCUUAACCUGGUGUAAGAAUGGAUUCCAAAUAUCACUGAAUUUGUCCAUGGCAAGUCUGCAUUUAUAUGCAAGUUGCUCAUAUGUUGCAAGUUUGUAGAAGUCUUCAAUCCAAUCGUAGAAGGGAGCCACAUUUUUAUUUUUCCAAUUCAUCAGUAUCAGUCUUUUUGCUGUGGAAAGGACACAGAGACUCAUUAUAAUUUUCUUCUGUUAUAAUAGUAUAUCUGUCCUGUGCUUUGCUAUUCAACCAUCAACUGUUUCUUGGAGCUGAUGUCCAUAGGAUUAUACUGCAAGUUUCAGCAAACGAAAUAGCAUAAAUACGUGUUUGUGACAUCCUUUGGGUAUGAACUUGUGGGGGAAUAAGUCUGUAUUAGUAACAGCCAAGGCCCUCCUUAUUUCACUGGUAGCAGUGAUACUUCAUCUGCGUGUUUAACUUUCUCCUUUUUUGUCACAGAUUUCCUUGCUGCAUUCCGAGCUGGAUCAGAUAGAACGGGCCAAGUCAGCCCUCCGGAAGAUGCCUGUGAGGCAGGAAUUGUCUCCUGAACCACCUGAGUAG